AAACAAACGAAGCCUAAAAGGAUAAGUGAAACCGCUCUAAUCAAUUAAACCCGCUUAAAAUCUACAAAGGGUUUCAAAUUCCUAGAGCAUUUCGAUUUCUCCACAUAACCUCCAGAAAAAUUGUCUUGCUGAUGGGGAAGGCCAAAAGGAACCAGGCCAUUGUCAUCUCGACCUCCGAUGACGAUGACAACAACGAUGCAGAUUUCUCCCUGGAAGCAGGUUACCGUUUUUCAGAAUCAGCUCCAAACAGGAAGAACACUAAAAGAGCUAAGAAGGUUCCGUCUGCGAGCUCUUGCCCGCGGCCUUUCCCACAGUCUCGUUCUAGUGGAUUUGAUGAGGUCCUUGCUGCUUCUCAAAACUAUCUUACCUGCAAAUCGCACAAGCAAAUACUUAACCAAUAUAAAGAGGUUUCUUUUGCCAAUCACUCCUUGCUGCUUUCAAAGAAACACUUACUUCCUAAGUCAGAUCCGCUUGUUCGAAAGUGUUUUCACUGUGCUUUAGAUCACAGAUACACCAUUCCUGUCAGACGUAUUUGUGAAGAAUUUGAUCAAGGACUUACGCAGUUCAAGGUAACAGCUGGUUUGAGUUGUAACAUGGAUAGGUGGGUGGAAAAGUAUAGGCCUAGUUGCUUGGAGGAGCUAGCUGUUCAUAAGAAGAAGGUUGAAGAAGUUAGAAUGUGGUUUGAGGAGAGACUAAGAAAUUCUGCAGGUAAUUCAGACAGCAAUGUAAUCAUUCUCUCUGGGCAAGCUGGGGUUGGAAAAUCUGCAACAAUCUAUGCUAUUGCACGCCAUCUUGGAGCGGAAGUGCAUGAAUGGAACACACCUACCCCCACGAUAUGGAAAGAGCAUCUGCAUAAUUCUAAUUCAGGGAUACGAUAUAUGUCAAAAUUGGAUGAAUUUGAAAGUUUUGUUGAAAGGAUCAGGAAAUACGGAUUAGUUUCCUCAUCCUCGACCAGGUUAUACGCAUCAUCAAUCAUACUCUUGAUUGAUGAUCUUCCUGUGGUACAUGGGAAGGUCUCUUAUGGAAGACUUCAGAGGUGCUUGCAACUUCUUGUGCAAUCAGUGCGUCUUCCUACAGCCAUAUUAAUCAACGACACGGACAGAUCUGAAUAUGCGGAGAGCCACAGCCGGUACUCAGAAGAACUCCAGCUAGCUCUACAAAAUGCUGGGGCUUGUAAGGUGUCGUUCAAUCCUAUCACAGUCAAUUCCAUCAAAAAGGUACUUAAGAGAAUAUGCAGAGAAGAAAAUUUUGAGGCUAGUGAUGAACAGAUUGAUAUUAUAGCAAAAGCCAGUGGAGGAGAUAUAAGACAUGGAAUUACAUCUUUACAGUACAUCUCACUAAAACCACAUCCUAGGAAGUAUUUAUCUGUUUCAAAGGGGGUUCCAGCUUAUCAGGAAAAGGAAGGGAGCUGGAGUGGUCAUUUGGAAGAUGGUGCCUCUCUGCCAUUUGGAAAAGAUGCUACUCUAUCUUUGUUUCAUGCAUUGGGAAAAUUUUUGCACAACAAGAGGGAGACUGAAUGUUUAGUUACAUCAGAUGGAGAUGCAUUUCCUCUUAAAGAGAAAUUCGUCAGACGUCCUCUAAAAAUGGAUGCUCCAGAGUUGGUGCUAUCUCAGGCACACGGGCAAGCGAGAUCUAUGGCAGAUUUUAUUCAUGAAAAUGUUUUAGACUUUGUGAAUGAGGAUGCAAUUGAGGAUGCGUGGGUAAUCGAGAGAUAUUUAAGUGACACUGACUUGCUUCUCGCCCCAUCUAGUGGAACUUUAUGUCGAGACUUUGAAGUUGAGAAUGUUAAACAAUCUAUUGCUGCUUCAGUUGCUGUGCGAGGAGUGUUGUUUGGGAAUUCUGAUCCACUGUCUUCUAGGUGGCAUGCUAUUCGCCGUCCAGUCCUCUGGCAGGUUGAGCAGUCACUAUGGCAUAAUAAGUUUCAAAUUCUAAGUCAACUGGGAGAUGGCCAUAUUGGUAUAAGACAAAGCAAUCAAUCAGUUUUCGCGACCGAGUUUAAACCGGCUCUCAGCUGGCUUGGAAAUAGAUUAUCUGACAAUACCGAAGCUCAUAAUGCCAGAAAGGAUGUUAAUAUCAAUGAAGAUGAAUGUCAUUACAUGAGUUUGGAUGAAAAAGAUAAUGACAUUGAUGAUGAUGAUGAUGAUAUCGAAGACUGGUAGUAGUAUCUAAUUGAUCUGGUGUCUGUUGUUUUGUUAAUAUAUAUGUAAAUAUAUGCUGCACCAUUGUGAUUCAUAAAUCCAUAUAACAUUAUUUUGACAAGUAACAAUAGCAGUAUUUGCACAUUUUGUCAGGAAAUUUGAAACAAGGGCAAUGUUUAGGUGCGUUUGGUGGAGGAGUUUAGUGUCAUUUUGCCAAUAUGUUGCUCGUAUGUUGACUGGGGGAUGAAGUUUCUGGUGAGGAUCAAUAUUGCUGCAUCUCAAAUUUUGUCAGAUUAUUUACAGGACAUUGCAUUCACCAACUUUGAUGACCAAGUCCAUAGAUAGACUCAUCCAG